UUCGUUUUGAAUGCGGCGGUUCGCAUUCGGUGUAAAAUCAGGAAGUUCCACAGUUGGAGAUUUGUCUGAAGUUCCAACAUAUUUCUGAAGAGAUGUAUUAGUGCUGUCAUAGUCAAAUAAAUGGCCAUUACAUGGUAUGCAUUUCAGACAGAAUUGUUGAAGCUCGUUCGAAGGUUGCGAUGAAGAGGGCGCAUUGAUUUAAUGUGUGUUUUAGUUGCCUGGCCCUGGCUAACUUGCCUAGCUCCAGUUAACGUUAUCCAACGUUAGCUGAAAUAUUUGGUGACACUUAAGUCACUUGCAAAACCUGUUUUCAGUUUAAGUGUAAGGUGUAGGAAGACCAAGCUGUCGCGGAGAAGGCUUUUGUAAGGACUGUGAGAAUGAAUGGACGAUUGUUUGUAUAAACGACAGGAAACGUUCGCUGCUGAUAGCUAGCGACAACUUUGUAUUUGGCAUAUCUUCCGGAUCCUUGCACCAGUUUUCAUCGACUUUGUCGACCAUCCCUCUAGUAAAAUACUGCUAGUGGAACAAUUGUGACCUUGUGCCAUGGCUUCCACCCACCUGAAGUACCUGUCUCUAGGUGUGCUGGUGUUCCAGACCACAUCUCUGGUGCUGACCAUGCGCUACUCUCGCACUCUACAAGGAGAUGGUCCAAGAUACCUGGCCUCCUCUGCGGUGGUGACUGCUGAACUGUUGAAAAUUCUUGCAUGUGUCAUGCUGGUCUUCAAAGAGCACAGUUACAGUGUCCGUGCCCUGAACAGUAUGCUGAGACAGGAGAUUGUACACAAACCCGUGGAGACCUUGAAGCUGGCCAUUCCCUCUGGAAUCUACACGUUACAGAACAACCUACUGUACGUCGCUCUCUCCAACCUGGAUGCAGCCACUUAUCAGGUGACGUACCAGCUGAAGAUCCUGACCACGGCCCUGUUCUCCGUGUCCAUGCUGGGCAGGAAGCUGGGGGUGUACCAGUGGUUGUCUCUGCUCAUCCUCAUGGGCGGUGUGGCGCUGGUACAGUGGCCCUCUGACUCGCCCUCGUCCCCGGAGAAGGAGCCGUUGAGCUCGGGCUCCCAGGUGGUGGGGCUGGUGGCCGUGCUGGUGGCCUGCUGCUCCAGCGGCUUCGCCGGCGUCUACUUCGAGAAGAUCCUCAAGGAGACCAAGCAGAGUGUCUGGGUCAGGAACAUCCAGCUUGGGAUGUUUGGCCUGGUUUUCGGUGUGAUUGGCAUGUUUGCGUAUGAUGGAGAUCGGGUGAGGGAGCAUGGAAUGUUCCAGGGCUAUAACAGUCUCACUUGUGUUGUGGUCGCUCUUCAGGCUCUUGGUGGACUGGUAAUAGCUGCUGUAAUCAAAUAUGCGGACAACAUCUUAAAGGGAUUUGCCACAUCGCUCUCCAUCAUCCUCUCCACACUCAUCUCCUACUUCUGGCUUGAAGACUUUGUGCCCACCAGUGUCUUCUUCAUGGGAGCAGUGCUGGUCAUUGUGGCCACCUUCCUUUAUGGCUAUGAGGGCAAGCCCUCCACAAACCCAAGCCGGGCUUGAGAGAGGGCAGGAAAACCAAAGGACCAGCUCCUGAGGUGAUGAUUUGAAGGAGGUACAAGCGAGAGCACCAAAGGAUCGUGGGGAGGAGGAGGACUUUAUCAAAGGAGGCACAUCUGAGGCAUAUCUGCGGCAUAUCACCACACACACAAGAGACACCACACCGGUCUGUGUCCUUGUGCAGAGGCAAUGGGUCAGCUACAUGGCUGCCCUUUUGCGGGAGUCCAUGUUGAGGACUGAAAGAUGAUCAGCUUGGCUUUCUCUUAUCGUUCGAGUUGUGCUCUCUCUCUCACCCAACACGUACUAGGGAAGCCAUAAGCCAAUUCUCCAGAUUUACUUAGAACCACCUCUCAUACAUAUCCAGACCACAUAGGGAAACUGACCGGUUCAGAUUUCAAACUAAACAUAUGAGGGCUAGGGGCUGUAUUUUUUUUAAAAAAAAAACAUUUUAAAUGAGAUAAUCAUGUUUUGGAGGCGCACAAGGGAUUAUAUAUUGAUUUGAGAUUAUUUUCAGUUCUGUCCAGGAUUUGGUCAUUAUGACCUUCCAAGAAUCACAGAAGGCUUUACCAGUUGUAAUCAAAUGGAUGGUAAAACCUAGGUGAAUGAAGGAGUGUACUGAUGAAAAGGUCUACCCUAAAAAUGCUACAAUCGCACUCAGAAACACUAUCAUCUUUCACAUCCUCAGUUACUGAAUGCACCUUAUGCAGGCCGACUUUACGUGAAGAUUGAAGUUGAUUGAUUCAAGCAGGUCAAUUUCAGUAUGUCUUGGUUUCUGUGUUUUUUUUUUUUUUUUUUUUAAUGUUUAUUCGAAAUGGAAUGUAAAUACUGUAAAUCAUGGGAGACAUGGGAAAAAUAUGUUUGUGCAGUGUUCAGAGAAGCACUUGCAAUAAUGACAAUA